AUGACAACAGUAGAAGCCAAACCUGAAGAGGAGGACAAAAAGGAACCAGACUCAAUGUCAGAUCCUGCUCCAGAGGAAGCAACCUCACCAGCAUCCGAUUCAUCAAGCAGGUCAGGCUCACCGGAACAAGAAGGCUUCUUCAAUCUGCUGACUCAUGUGCAGGGAGGACGUAUGGAUGAGCAACGCUGUAACAUUCAAAUUGUACAUAGCAAGACUACUGCAGAGGACAGCCCAAGCCCACCUCCCGAGAUGGACAACUUCAUGGAAAUGCUGGCUCAUACACAGAGCAGACGAAUGGACGAUCAAAGGGUCAGUUUCAACUACCUUCCUGGUUUUCAGAAUAGUAACACCAACAGCCUAUCAGGCUCCGGAGCCACCAAGGAGGAAGAAGACCUACAGUAUGAAGAAGAGAUCUUGCGAAACCCAUUCUCUGUCAAGUGCUGGAUCCGCUAUAUUGACUUCAAGCAGAAUGCUCCCAAACAUAUCCUGAACCUGAUCUAUGAGAGAGCUCUUAAGGAAUUGCCAGGAAGCUACAAGCUGUGGUACAACUAUCUUAAGCAGCGACGGAAACAAGUGAAGAGCAAAUGUGUAACAGAUCCCUGCUAUGAAGAAGUGAACAACUGCCAUGAGCGUGCCCUGGUCUUCAUGCAUAAGAUGCCCCGGAUAUGGCUAGAUUACUGCCAGUUUCUCAUGGACCAAUGUCGCGUUACCCGUACCCGCAGGACGUUUGACCGGGCACUCAGAGCUCUGCCCAUCACACAGCAUCAUCGUAUCUGGCCACUUUACCUGAAGUUUGUCCGACUCUAUCCAUUACCUGAGACAGCUGUACGGGUCUACCGUAGGUACCUAAAGCUGAGCCCUGAGAAUGCAGAGGAAUACAUUGAGUAUCUGCACUCUAUUGACCGUCUGGAUGAGGCCGCUGUCCGUCUUGCAGCUGUGGUGAAUGAUGAGCGUUUUAUUUCCAAGGAGGGAAAAUCCAAUUAUCAGUUAUGGCACGAGCUCUGUGAUCUCAUCUCUCAAAACCCAGACAAAGUGAAGUCACUCAAUGUGGGGGCCAUCAUCCGAGGUGGCCUGACUCGUUUCACAGACCAGUUGGGCAAGCUGUGGUGUUCUUUGGCAGAUUACUACAUCCGCAGUGGCCAUUUUGAGAAGGCUCGUGAUGUAUAUGAAGAAGCUAUUCAAACAGUGAUGACAGUACGGGAUUUCACUCAAGUGUUUGACAGCUACGCCCAGUUUGAGGAGAGCAUGAUUGCUGCUAAGAUGGAGACCACCUCUGAAAUGGGACGUGAGGAGGAGGAUGAUGUAGAUCUGGAACUGCGUCUGGCACGCUUUGAGCAGCUGAUCGCACGCCGGCCUCUGCUUCUCAACAGUGUCCUCCUGCGCCAGAAUCCUCACAAUGUCCAUGAGUGGCACAAGCGGGUGAAGCUGUAUGAAGGCAAACCCUGGGAGAUCAUCAACACAUACACAGAAGCAGUGCAGACCGUUGACCCAUUUAAAGCCACUGGAAAAACACAUACUUUGUGGGUUUCUUUUGCCAAGUUCUACGAGGUCAAUGGACAGAUAGAAGAU